UGUGUGUGAGAGAGCUGGAUGUAUAUCUGUAUGUUAUAUGUAUGCUGAAUGAAUGUGUUAUGAAUGUGUUAUGAAUGUUAUAUGAACACAUGAGAGCUGCGCGCUGGAUUUAAUGUGAUCACACGGAACUACACGAGAUUCCUCCCUCAUGUCCUGCACGGGUCUGAAGAGACGUCUGGAGCCAGAGGACGGGGACGAGCCCGACACCCGCGCCAGGAAGAAGGCGGCGGCGGCACCAGGGUCGUCCUCGUCCUGCCGCGCCCAGAGACACGAGGUCCUGAAGCUGUCCCUGCAGAAACUGGGCGGGGCGUCUUCACUGGUGCACCGCGUCCUCAUCACCAACACGCUGAGGCUCAUCCAGAGGAACGAGCCUGAGAGGAACCCGGAGUCACCGGGGCGGCCGGGGGACACAAGCCUGGUCCUGGAGCAGGGCGACGGAACGUCCUCAGAGGGAGUCGAGGGUCUGAACCCGGGACCCGAAGAGGCGUCGCCCUCUCUGGAGAACCAGAGCGUAGGCGACGUGCCAGACAAAGACUCUCAACUCCACCCCGGUUGGUUCGAGCCCCUGUCGGACCUCACCCGCUCCCUCUGUUGGCCGGGCGCAUCGUUCCCCGCGGACCUCUCGCUGGACGACUUCCUCUACUCGGAGAUCGAUGACUUCCUGUGCGAGCUCGACCCCCACGCCCCCAUCGUUUCGGCGGUGAGCGACGACCUGAUGAUGAGUCUGACCGGCCAGACGUUCAGGACGGACCCCAACGAACUGGAGCGCAUCCUGGAAGUGCUAGUCGGCUCGUAAAAAAGGAGGACGAUCAGUGUUUGAUACGAGACGCUGGACAUCUCGGAUCAGCGAUGAUAACUUAAAUUAUACGUUUGUUAUUUACGCUCGAUAGAUAAAGGAGCAGAAUGGCGUUGUAGAACCUACGUAGUGCACUAUGUGCCCAACCCUACAUUCAGACCGGCAGAACGGCGACAGGAGGCGGAGCAAACGUGAAGUGGGCAGAGACUGCAACACUGCGUACUUCCAUGGCAUCUUUCGCCUGCCGGUGUGAACUCAGGGCGAUCAGCGACUCGGCCGACAAGAGGCGAAAAAUCGCUGCCGGACUGAAGUAGCUUAUCAGAGCAAAAUUGACUAUUGGGGUCAAAUUAGGGGCAAACAUGGUGCCCGAAUGAGCACCCCUCAUUUUUUGGAACCUGUCUGAGUAGCUAAAACAAACAGUAUUUAUUAAACAACACCAAACGUA